UGAGAUUCGCCGUUCGACACAGUCUCGUUCGUUGUUAGCGGUUCGGUUAGGUAAGUAGUGCUCCACUACGAGCAGUCUUCAAGUCCCACUAUGAAAUCUAUUGGAAUUUCAAAGUCUCUCGCUCCAGUCUUGCUGAUUCUACUGCCGCUUGUAAUUGCCGAUGGCUUUAAAGAUCACCAGUUAAAACUAGGAUACGACACCGGAGAAUAUCGCCUAUUGAAAUGGCUAAACAAAAUCAGGGGAACAGAUAGGACCACAACUCAAACAAAAUCCCAAUUCGAACCGAUUAAAAUCGAAACGAUAACUCCCGAAAUUCAGUACAACACGUCAAAUUUCACGCAAACUCAAGUGUUUGAUACUCCUCAGUUAGCCAAGGCAACAUACUCUUCCGUGCCGCAGCCGCUGGAUAAUAAAUCGUCAUCCAAAUCUUCUCUUGACUCUGUUGAAGGACCCGAAACAAGGCCGUUGGUGACAUCAGUGGCAUCUCCUUCCUACAAAGAUUAUUUCUAUUUGAAAUGGUUCCACGGCUCACCAAAAGCAACAUACUUUAAUGAAACUGCGCUUCCAGACGAACCGAUAUCGGUUCUUGACAGCAAGGCGGAACACGGCGAUAAUCCAACAGUAGCACCUCUUCCAGCGAUUCAAAAUUCUCCAGAGGAACCGGCGAACCAGGAAUUUAAUGUGGAAAACAUUGACUUUAGUGACGCAGAAUCGACCGAAUCGGCUUUCCUUUCGAGCGAUUCUAUUCUUGGAAAAGUUUUAGGCAAAAUUAAACAGAUGAUGCCAUUGAAAACACAAAAAUUAGAUAUCGAACCGCUAAAAUUAUACGACGAACCCCCUAAACCGCAGCCUUUUACUCGACCGAAUGUGGUUCAAUUUCCUCUACCCAGCAAUGUACAACAGGUUCACAGUCAACCUAUUAAAGAAGUUAACCCUCCUGUUGUUUCAGUCCAACCCGUCUAUCAUGAAAUAAGCUCAGCUAUCAAACAGUCGCCAGAACAAACAAUUACUUCAACAACUACUGAAAAUAGCCUGCCAACUACGUCUAACAGUCCACCACAACCAAACCCGCCAAGCGAAGAAGAAAGACCAGCUGAACCGUCUUCUACCCCACUGCCGCCUUCUGAUUCCAACAGUGAAUGGCCUGAAACAAAAGAUGAUAUUUCGGAGCGGAUGUCCGGCCCUUUACAGACGAUGUUUUAUUACCCCAGACGACCGACCAACAAUCCAGCACAACUUGAAGAGCCAGCUUAUAGCGCACUAGAAUUGGCUUUUAGCCCACUGGUUCCAGCAUAUCCGUAGGAUCGAAACUUGAAGAUUUAAUCCUUCCUUUUUAUUACAUCGUUGUUUUUAUCAUAAUGAUUUGGUUUACUGGCCAGUUAUAAAUUGAUGUUUCAAUGCUGUCUUUCUAAUAGCAAGAGGGAAGCAGCUUGUUUAACAAUCAGGCGAACUGUUUCGCAUAACUCGGAAUGCUUUUACCCGAUGCCGCAUUUUAUUGAGGCACUUUACCACGAUCUUUACUUACAGGAUUCAUUUUCACGAAUUUUCCCAGUUGAAUUUUUCUAAUAUCUAACUUAAUAACUUAAUGCAUAAUAAUACUAUACUAUUUCUUUGUUAUAUCGUUUUAACAGUAUCCUCAAAAAUAUAUCGUUAUGCUUGCAGUGGCAUUUACCCUGUGGCCUUCAUACAUAAAA